UUUGGAUAUCAAUAUCCUUUUGUUUGAAUUCAAGUAGAAAUCAUUUUGGGGAGAAUAGGGUGAUUCAACAAAGGAAGAAGACGCAAAGUCAUUACACACUCAACAUACAGAUCUUACAUUGUUGUAGGGCUAGCAUUACGGUCGCUCAGGUUCUUCAGGAUGCAGCUUAUGAAGAAGUCCAAAGCACAGCUGCAGAGUUGCUGGAUCUUGCUGAGAAGUGUGAGAGUCUCAAACCCCAGGAGUCACCUCCAGAGUUCACCAGCCAUUUGAUGGCUACCUUCCUCACACAUACUUGCAACAGCCAAGGCAUGGUGGGCAAUCACGUGUUCACUGACUGUUGUAAGACGAAAAAUACAGCAAGGCUCAAGUGCUUCCUGUCCUAUGAGAAAGAUGAUGCAGACGGCAUCGAUAUACCCCUGGUCCCAAGGCCUGAGCUGGUCUGUGAGAUGGAUGAGGGGAAUCAUAUGUCCCUGAAGGCAAGAAACAGCUAUAACAUGGAACUGAGGCACCCAAACCUCUUCAAUUCUACUGUCUUGACCACGUCUGCUUGCUAUGAAACAGCUGUUCCAUCAUGUUGUCAAGAAGACAGUAAAACAGAGUGUCUGCAGACAAAGCUAGAACCCAUCAGAAAACAUAUUAGAGAAAUAUCUGCGAGACACCAUCAUUUAUGUGAAAUCGGGAUUAAAUUCAAUGACACAAUAGCAAGAGCAGGAGAAUUGAUUCUGCUCACUAAAAAGCAACCUAGAGCUAAUUUUUCUGAAAUUGCCAAAUUGAACACAGGUAUUAAAAAUCUGCAUGAGACCUGCUGUGAAGGAAAUACAGUGGCAUGUGAACUGGGCAGGAUCAUUUCUCCUACUGCUCUGAGGAAAGAUCUUCAUAUUGCACACAGCAGAGCUGUAGAGCUGCAUGUCUACAAGAACUCGGAAAAUGAUGACAACCCCAACCUCUCAUCCCUGCCCCUCAGAGGGUUGACAGAAGACCAGUCUGCAUGCCAACAAUUCAGUGGCCAUCAGGAUAACUUUCUCCAGGAGUGUUACAGCUUUUCCUAAGUGCUUAUAAGUUCAGUUGAGAGAUGUUGCAAACUUGAAUGAAAAUGGG